GAGAGUCCCCAUGCAUGCGAUAUUUGACUUGAAGAGACUGUUGAGCAAAAGUGUGAGCUUCAUUCAGAAUGUCUGAUUCUGAGCAUACCAGUCUCAUGCCUGAAACACAGGGAACCGGAGCUGGUCAAGGGGGAACCAGUCGUAAGAAGCCCCCACCUCCUGAUUGGGGAAAGUAUGGAUUGAGCCAGGAACCAGCAAAAGUUCCAUACAGUGCAAAUGUUGACACUGGAGGGUACCAGCACACAGAUCUGGGAAAUAAAAAUGAACUCUUCCAGGAAGAUCAGGUAAUAGAUGUAGCUGCAGGGAGGAUUUUAAGGAUCUUACAUGCCUGCCUGUUAAAAACAGGGUUUCCUCUUCCAAAGGGACAGUGGGGAGUCAUGAACAUUUCCACACUGUCCCGAGUGUUUGGAAAACAUCUGUCCUUCACAGGCAGACAUGUUACUGAAAUCAACACAGAAGAUGUGGUGAAAGCGCAUUUCUUCAUCAGUGAGCCAGUAUUAUUUGGCACGUGGGACGGGGUGUUCACAUCGUGCAUGAUCAACUUGUUGGGUGUCGUUAUCUUCCUUAGAAUGGGCUGGAUUGUGGGAAAUGCAGGGAUCAGCUUGACCAUCCUGACAAUCAUUCUGGCUGUACUGGUGGUUCUUAUAGUGGCCCUUAGUGGUAUAGGGGUGUGUGAGAGGUGUAAGGUGGAGAGUGGAGGGGUAUACUUUCUCAUAUCUCAUGUGCUGGGGUCCAGAAUAGGGGGCAGUGUUGGAGUGGUCUACUGUUUUGCUCAGGCAGUUACCUGUUCCCUGUCAGUGAUGGGUUUUGGAGAAUCAAUCAUGGGUCUUACUGGCAUAGACAAUCCUUGGAUUGCUAAAGGUGUUGCCAUUGCACUCGUCAUUCUUCUUCUCGGUAUCAAUAUAGCGGGAGUGAAAUGGGUGAUCCGGCUUCAGUUAGUUCUGUUGUUCAUUCUGUUUCUGUCUGUCAUGGAUUUCUUUGUUGGGUCCUUUGUUCAUACAGACUAUGAGCAUGGUGUGACAGGAUACCAAGAAUUCAACCUACACAACAACUCUGGUCCAGCCUACCUACCUGGCGAGACAUUUUUCUCCAUAUUUGGACUUUUCUUCUCCACGGUUACCGGAAUUCUUGCAGGCAUCAACAUGAGUGGAGACUUGAGGGAACCAUUUGUCAAUAUACCAAGAGGAACUUUAUCAGCCCUUGGUGUAUCGACAUUUCUCUAUAUAUCAUUUACCUUGGUGAUAGGCGCCACUUGUUCACGAAGUUAUUUACAGAAGGACUACAUGAUAGCAGAACAGAUAUCAGUAGUGGGUGUGCUGUGGCUGGCAGGGUUGUAUAUAUCAUCUGUAUCAGCGUGUAUGGGAAGUUUGUAUGGACCGCCGAGAAUACUUCAAACCAUUGCUAAUGAAAACGUUAUACCUAUCAUUAGAGUUCUAGGACAUGGUAGAGGCCCUAACAAAGUACCAAUAUAUUCCCUAGUGCUUAUAACACUGGUUGUUCUGCUGUUCGUUCUAGUUGGAGAUGUGAACACGUUAGCUCCUAUUGUUACCACAGCAUUCAUGAUGUCAUACGCUGCUGUUAAUUAUGCUUAUUUUGCUCUUGCCAUGAGUUACGAUCGUCGACAAGCGCGUGAUCUAAGAUUUGGUGUUCAGGAUAAAUCCCGUAGUAAAAGUGCAGACAUUAGCAGUUAUG